CAUCGAUUUAGACUGAUAAAUCUUAAUUAUCAUUUAAAAAUAGCGGGUGUCAAUAGUCGGUACAUAAAAUUCACGUGUGUCAACUAGCGGCAAGCCACAAACUAAAGUAACUAGAGUAUUGGUAUAUACCUCAUAAGAUUAAUCACAAGGUGCCCAAACUUAUGCAGUAUGGAUGUAAAUAUCGUAAGACAUAAUUAAUUACUGCUGCAGUACUUGCUGAGUACAAUUCACAGAGUAGCCAGUACUACGUAGUACGUAGAUAAGACCCACUGCUAUCUUUAUUUUUUUUCUACAGGUGGCACUGACUACUAUCUGACAUGAUGAACCUUUCACUAAAUUUUGUCGCAUUAUUUUUAUUAACUUUCCUAACAUUUUAUGCUGAAGUUGUUAAUGGAUGUACUUGUUCGGAGAUGUCAGUGGCUGAUAUAUUUUGCAUGUCUGAUUUUGUUAUUGAAAUGGAGGUAGAAGAUGUUGGAUAUAUGGAACAUAUGUCUAGGCAUAUAUAUCAAAUCAAGAUUUUAGAAACUUAUAAAGCUACUGAUAAGGCUAACGAUGCUCUUAAGGUUAAUUUGAUAACAUCAUAUUCAAUUAAUGACAUGUGUAGCAUUGCACUAACACGAAGAUCAGUUGAAACUAUCGGGGGACGUAUAAUUGAUGGACAGCCAAAUAUUAGUGAAUGUUUUUCAAUACUACUAAAUUCAGAUGCAAUAAAUCUUCGUGAUUUUAUACCAAAAAAUUGUAGUUCAAGAAAUUUUGUCCUAACGAAUAACUGGUACUAACCAUAUGAAAGGAGAUAGUGAUAUAACGCGUGAUAUUAUUUUCUCCUUCCAUCUUCAAUUUAUCAUUAAAAAACUACUUUAUCAUCAAAAAAGUAUAAUUAAUAAUUACGAUGGUCAGUACUUACCCAGUGAUCACACUAACGUACGUAAAAGUGAUAUCAUAUGUAGAGAACGUGUAACAUAACAAACUUAACGCAAAUUUUACAUUUUGAUGAUAUAAAUUGUAAUGUAAAUGGGACGCCAAAUUUGUGAUGUAAAUAUGACAUUAAGAUUAUGUACAUCCUUAUAACCACUUUGAUUGCAUGUUAACAUCAAACGGACGUUCCAGCUUGCCGUAAAUCUACAGCCGUAUAUAAGCUUCCGUAUCAGUGUCACGUGACUAAAUAAAAAUGUACGCUGGAUUCUUAUUUGUCCUCUUCGUUGGAGUCUUAGCAAAUACUUUAAUAAGUACCAAUGCCCAAAGCUCAGCAGAAAGUGCUAGCUCAUCUCAAAGUGAUGGCUAUCUAAAUGUCACUACACCAAAUCCAUCUCGGUUAACUGCUGCUGAAAUAAGCAUAAUUCUAUCAUCAGGAUUUUUCACCCAAGGCAACAAACUAGUAGAUUUUGGUACCGUCUGGUUAUUGGCAUUAUUCGAGAAAUAUCCAGAGUACAAAGAACAGUACCGAAGAUUUAAGGAUAUACCAAAUUAUUGUCUGCUAAAUAAUAAAGAAUUCAGACAAGUAUCAUUUAACUACACUCAUGCAUUGAGUGAUCUUAUCCACUCUAUUAUUUUGGAGAAUAUAAGUAAUGUAGAUCUCUGGAGAAAAUGGCCAUACCUCGCUGCAACAUCCGGAUACAAUCAAAAGGAUAUGGACGUUGUCCAAGACGUUUUCAUCAGUACUCUGAGGUGCGGCCAGCCCAACUUCAAUCAAGCUCAUUCCGAUGUCUGGAACAAAGCUUGGAGCAUUAUUUGGCGUAAUUAUGUUGCAGGCGCCCGUCAAGCACAGGGGCAGUCAGGCUAAAAUCGCAAAUAAUUUAAUGAUUUUCUGAAAAAUAAUUAUGUCAAGCAUAUAUUUAAUAUUCAUAUUUAAUUUAAAGCAUAUCUUCUGUAAUUGACAUAAAUCAAUUAUCCCAAGUUUGUGCAGAUGUUUGAUGUAAUUAAAGAGUACAGAAAAU